AUGGCGUCUCUAAACAGACUAUCUUUCGCUGCUCGCACUUGUGUAAAAAAUCCAGGUUUGCAAAUUGUUUGUCAACAGAUCCGAUAUAAAUCAUCUGAAAAUGGAGAUGACCUUUUCACUGACAAUGGCAAACCCUUGGUUGGAUUAACAGCUGAUGGCAGUACACACGUCUGUUGGCACCCAGAAACAUCAUUUCCAUAUGAAUUCAGCAAGCCCAUAAUCCGGAAAAAGACUGACUUGGAAAUGGGUGAUUCACACCUCAAGGUUCAACAUCUCCUCGAAGAGAAACUGAGCCUCCGACCCCAUGGACCCACAGAUAAUGAACUUGCAAAUAUGUUCUUUACAUCCAAACACAGAUGGAAUCCAAAGCCAGAGAAAAAAUACCGAAAACCUAACCCUCCAAAAGAUCCUUUUCUUAACUUUUUCUUCUGUAUUCAUCUGCUUUUUAAAAAAAAAUUUACUCCUGUUUACGAAGCCGAACAAACACAAAUUCCAUUUUCUUUCCUUUACUUUCAGUUUUUGAAAAAACCCUCUAUUCUUUCCAAUUUAAUUUCUUCUCUUUCUCUUUGUGCUUCUUCUCUUUCUCUUUUCGUUUCUUCUCUUUCCCUCUCCGUUUCCUCUCUUUUCCUCUUCGUUUCUUUUCUUUUCCUUCUUCAUUUAUUCUCUUUCUCUUUUCUUUUCUUCUCUUUCAUUUUUUGUUUCUUUUUUUUUUUACUCCUCUUUCUCUCUUUGUUUCUUUUCUUUUCCUUCUUUGUUUCUUUUCUUUUCCUUCUUCGUUUCUUCUUUUUCUCUUUUCGUUUCUUCUCUUUCCCCUUUUCGUUUCUUUUCUUUUCCUUCUUCGUUUCCACUCUUUCUCUUUUCCUUUUCUCUCUUUUCCUCUUCGUUCUUUCUUUUCCUUCUUCAUUUCUUUUCUUUUCAUAUUUGUUUUUUCUCUUUUCCUCUUUGCUUUUUCUCUUUGACUCUUUGUUUCUUUUCUUUUCCUUCUUCGUUUCUUCUCUUUUCCUCUUUGUUUAUUUUUCUCUUUGUCUCUUUAUUUCUUUUCUUUUCCUUCUUCGUUUUUUCUCUUUUCCUCUUUGUUUAUUUUUCUCUUUGUCUCUUUAUUUCUUUUCUUUUCCUUCUUCGUUUUUUCUCUUUCACUUUUCGUUUCCUCUCUUUUCUUCUUCGUUUCUUCUUUUUUUUUUCUUCGUUUCUUCUCUUUCUUUUUUCGAUUCUUCUCUUUCCUCUUUUUUCCUCUUUUCCCUCUUCGUUUCUUUUCUUUUCCUCUCUUUCUCUUUUCGUUUCCACUCUUUUCCUCCUCGUUUCUUUUCUUUUCUUUCUUCUAACACUCACAGGACAUAUGGAUAA